GUUGUUUGUAUGGUUUGUUGGGUUUGCAUGUCUUUGCAUGUUUAUCUUGUGCUUGUGCAGAUGUGCUUGGAUUGUGCAUGACAUCGAGCACAUUCCAACGAGCCAAGAAUUGUUGGAAUCGGAUCACAUAUGAAGAAGUUACGAAGAAAUGUUUGAUGGAUUUGUUACAACUCAUUGGAAGUCCUUGUCAGCUGCUACACCAAAGAUGGAGAGCCCUAUAACGAGGAGGGACCAGCAUCCAGAUGGAGAAUCACACAUGGGACCUCGUGUACUUGCCAAAUGGGAAGAAGGCAAUACAGUGCAAGUGGCUGGCAAAAAUCAAGACGGAUAAGAAAGGAGAGCCAUCAGUUUACAAGAGCAGGCUGGUGGCAAAGGGGCUUCAGCAGAAAGAGAAGGAAAAUUACAAAGAACAACAGCCAGCCGACUUUCUUACCAAGCGGGUAGCUGAAGAGCCACACUGGCGCUGUGCGAGGAUGGCGGGAAUGUCCUUGAACUAGAGACGGCGAAACAAGCCGACAGUCUGAGGGGGAGCGUGUUGGUGCAUAUUCGUUUGCACGUCAUCCUGUCGUCUGUUCGCAU